AAAGUAACUAGGAAGGGAAGUAACCUAGGUAGAUUUAGAUAACUAGAUAAGGUUGUCGUUGAUAUCUCCCAAUUUGUCCCAUAAGCCAUUGUACAUGCGCCAUUUGCAGUCUUCACUUCUUGUCCUAAGCCUCAACACAAACACAAACUCAAACACACACACUCUUUCUUCUAUCUUCUCCCAAUUUGAGUUGAGAUUCUGAGAGUAACAAUCAAAGUUUGGAAAAAAAAAAAUUUUGAGGGAAGAAAAGACCAAUAUGCUGGGUGUGGCCACUCUUACUUUGGGUUCAUCCACCACAAUGGUGGCUCAGAACCAUGCUCAACAACAUGCCACCACUCUUGCCUCAGCCAAUGGAAACAGAAGGCACAGUGUUUCCAACAGGACUCACUCCUUGCCUAUGAGUUUGGUGUCUCCCACCAACCAAAGUUUCACCUUUCUCUCUUCCUUUAAAGAACCAACACAUGCACGCCCCUUCACCACUGCUGUUGCAUCUGUUGAUUCUGACCAGCUUGAUUCAUCUGAUCCUCCCACCAAGAAUGAAGCCACCAAGUAUUAUUUUCUUGUUGCAAAUGCAAAGUUUAUGUUGGACGAGGAGGAGCAUUUCCAAGAGCAAUUGUUCGAGCGGCUUCGUCUCUUUGGAGAGCGUAAUCAAGAACAGGAUUUCUGGCUUGUCAUUGAGCCUAAGUUCUUGGAUAAGUUUUCUAACAUUACCAAGAGAUUAAAGAGACCUGCUGUUGCUCUUGUGUCAACCAAUGGUCCCUGGAUCACAUUCAUGAAGUUGAGACUGGACCGAGUUUUAUCUGACUGUUUUGAAGCUGAGAGUCUAGAAGAAGCAUUAGCUUUCAAUCCUACUGAUCUGAAGUUUGAGAAGCCUGAAAAAUGGGUGGCACCCUAUCCUAAAUAUGAAUCUGGAUGGUGGAAACCCUUCUUGCCCCCUGUUCAGACAGAGGUGAAGCCUUAAGAUAUUAUUUAUCCACACUGUUUCAGUGCUUGGUAUUCUUAAAUCUUCUUUUUCCAAUGGUUCUUGUUCAAGUGCAACUGGAUGGUAGUUAAAGUUGGCUAAAUUUGCAUCCAGUUUUGUUUUUUUGGGAGUUAGUAUGAUUAUUUAAAGUUGAGGUGUUGUCCUUAGGAUCUAAGUUGUAGGAGUUGUAUUUUAUGUCUCACAAAUGAGUUAAGUAUAAUAGAUAAUUGUUAUGAGAUUGAUGUUCUCGGUUUCUAGAAAUGUAUGUGAACUGUGAAGGCCCGCAACUUAUUAGAUUUUUUGUCUUUUGAAUAACUGACUUCUAAGGUACUCAAAUUUAGAUUA